GAAUAGUUUUGGUAAGGUUUGGAAUCACGUCAACUGUUGGAAAUGAUCCACACACGGGUUGUCUGGAAGAAGAAGAAGAAGAAGAAGAAGAAGAAGAAGAAGAAGAAGAAGAGGAGGAGGAGGAGAGCAUGGAGCCAGAGAAGAACCCUAAUCUCAAAGACUGGAAGCUACGGCGGCGCGUGGAUUCGUUCAAUUUAGAAGCUGGAACUGGAAUACUUUCUAAGGUGCGUUGGACAACGACAUUGAGCUUAGCAUUUCAAAGCAUAGGGGUUGUGUAUGGUGACAUUGGUACAUCACCUCUUUAUGUGUUCUCGAGCACCUUCACUGACAAAAUCAAGGACCCUGAUGACAUUCUCGGAGUCUUGUCCAUCAUCAUCUACACCAUCGUUCUCAUACCCUUGAUCAAAUAUGUCUUCAUCGUAUUGUGGGCCAACGACAACGGCAACGGUGGAGCGUUUGCGCUGUAUUCGUUAUUAUGUAGACACGUGAAGAUCGGUUUGAUUCCAAAUGAACAACCAGAGGACAGGGAGCUUUCCAACUACAAACUCGAAACGCCGUCGCCUCACGCUAAACGCGCCGACAAGAUAAAGCAGAAGCUUGAGGGAAGUAAUUUUGCGCGGUUUGUGCUUUUGCUUCUUGCUAUAGUGGGAGCUUCGAUGGUUAUAGGAGACGGGAUUUUUACGCCAACAAUGUCAGUCCUUUCAGCAGUCAGUGGGAUCAGUACAACAUUAGGUCAAGAUAUACGUGUAAUUUCAGGAUCUGAGGCCACGUUUGCUGACUUGGGUCACUUCAAUGUUCGAGCCAUUCAAAUAAGUUUUUCUUGCAUCACAUGUCCAACAAUUUUGAUUGCAUACAUUGGGCAAGCAGCAUAUCUACGGAAGUUCCCUGAGCAUGUGGCCACUACUUUCUACAGUAAUAUUCCGAAACCCAUAUACUGGCCAACAUUUUGUGUGGCUGUUGCUGCUUCGAUUAUAGCUAGCCAAGCAAUGAUAUCAGCAUCGUUCUCCAUUAUAUCCCAGGCCCUAAACCUAGGUUGUUUCCCAAGAGUAAGGGUAGUGCACACUUCCGUUAAACAUCAGGGUCAGGUGUAUAUUCCUGAGGUCAACUACAUAUUCAUGAUUGCAUGUAUUGUGGUGUGUGCUGCCUUCAAGACUACAGAGAAGAUUAGCCAUGCAUAUGGGAUUGCAGUAGUUGGUGAUAUGAUGAUCACGACAACUAUGGUUUCUCUUAUAAUGCUUGUUUUAUGGAAAAAGAAUAUAUGGAUCGUGGGUCUGUUCUUUUUGGGAUUCGGUUCCAUUGAGCUAGUUUAUUUCUCAUCUCAACUCACCAAGUUCGUAGGAGGAGGGUAUCUUCCAAUUGUAUCAGCCUUGUUCUUGACUGGGAUGAUGGGAAUCUGGCAUUAUGUGCACAAACAAAGGUACAUGUUUGAACUGAAAAACAAGGUACCGAUUUCAUAUUUGAAGGAAUUGGCAAACAACCCAGAUGUAAGGAGAGUUCCCGGAAUUGGACUUUUGUAUUCAGAGCUGGUGCAAGGAAUUCCUCCAAUAUUCCCACAUCUCAUAGACAGCAUACCAUCUAUCCAUUCAAUUCUAGUGUUUGUGUCCAUCAAGGCUAUUCCAGUGAGUAGAGUUGAAUUGGAGGAGAAGUUUUUGUUUCAACAGAUGGAACCAAGAGAGUACAGAAUAUUUCGUUGUGUUGUGAGGCAUGGUUACAGUGACGUGCUUGAAGAUUCUGCGGAGUUUGAGUCGCAGUUGAUACAAAAUCUGAAGACGUUUAUUGAACAAGAGAACAAUUAUAUGGUGGAGGUGGAGGUGGAGGUGGAGGGAAGUGCAACUGAAACUACAACUCAAGAAGAGGCACAGGUUGAGAAUGGUGAUCAAAUAGCAGGAGUCCCUCAAACGCAAGCUGAAGACAAUCAAUUAUCAUGGUCAUUCGGGGGGACUGAAAAUAACAGCACCAAGUCAUCCAUAGCUGAAGAGGAAGUGAAAUUCGUAGAAAAAGCGUUGGAGAAGGGCGUGGUGCAUAUGCUGGCAGAAGCAGAGGUUGUGGCUCAUCCAAAUUCCUCCAUCUUGAACAAGAUCGUUGUGAACUACGUCUAUAGUUUCUUCCGAAAGAACUUUAGACAAGGCCUGAAUUCCAUGGCAUUUCCAUCUGACAAACUUCUCAAGGUUGGAAUGACAUACAAAAUAUGA